UCAAUAGACCACCGCCGGAGCACUCGAGACCAGAAACAAAAAGUGUGGUCGUUUUCUUUUGGAUCAUAAACGUGCCAGUUGAAUUCGUCCACCUCUUUCUUUAAGGAUACCCGCGCUGCUUUAAAUGAAUGCUGUGAGUUAAAUUCUUCCCUUCAUGCCUGUCAAUCAUGUCAGCAGAAGGUUUCACAGCACCGCGUCUUUGCUGCGCUCGGAUCUGAUCAGUUUGUCGAUUCCGUCUGCCCCCUUUACGCGCGGAGGCAUCACCGACACGGAGUUCCUAAAGUCCGCGUGAUUAUCUCCUCUUGGUCUUUUUGUGCACGCAUCUCUAAUCUCAUCGCGUGUUUUCGAUGCGCAUUCCCCAUCAAUUGUUCGUGCAUGGAUAAGACACGACUGGCUUUUCUGAAUCGUUCUGGGGGAAACGCGUAAAAGAUUCCGGCCACUUACAACCGCAGUCCAGCCAUGGCCAUGGUGGUGAGUGUGUGGAGGGACCCGCAGGAGGAAUCAGGGGGAUCAUUGGAUGAUCACACCGGAUCGGGAAAAGACCACCACAACCCGCGCCUGAGCGCAGCAUCGCACUCUCCAAACGCUGGAGUCUCAUCGGCGGAUGAUAAAGGGCAGACGUCAGCGCCGACCCAGCAGCAUGUUGAAUGCGUGGUUUGCGGUGAUAAAUCCAGCGGGAAACAUUACGGACAGUUCACGUGCGAGGGCUGCAAAAGUUUCUUUAAACGAAGUGUUCGACGGAACUUAACGUACACGUGCCGGGCCAACAGAACCUGCCCAGUGGACCAGCACCACAGGAACCAGUGCCAGUACUGCCGACUGAAGAAAUGUCUAAAAGUGGGAAUGAGGCGAGAAGCGGUUCAGCGAGGACGAAUGGCCCCGAACCAGCCGAACCCAGGCCAUUACAUGCUGACCAACGGAGACCCGCUGACCGGUCAGUGUUACCUGUCCGGUUACAUCUCUCUCCUGCUACGGGCUGAGUCCUAUCCUGCCUCCCGAUACGGCAACCAAUGCAUGCAAUCCGGUAACAUCAUGAGCAUAGAGAACAUCUGCGAGCUGGCGGCCCGUUUGCUCUUCAGCGCGGUGGAAUGGGCCAAGAACAUCCCGUUCUUUCCUGAUCUCCAAAUCACGGAUCAGGUGUCUCUGCUCAGACUCACCUGGAGCGAGCUUUUUGUUCUGAACGCGGCCCAGUGCGCAAUGCCCAUCCACGUGGCCCCUCUCCUUGCCGCCGCCGGACUUCACGCCUCACCGAUGACCGCGGACCGGGUCGUGGCCUUCAUGGAUCAUAUCCGAUUCUUCCAGGAGCAGGUGGAGAAACUCAAGGCCCUGCAGGUGGACUCUGCCGAAUACAGCUGUGCCAAAGCAAUAGUGCUGUUCACGUCAGAUGCAUGCGGUCUGUCAGAUGUGCCGCACAUUGAAGGGCUUCAGGAGAAAUCUCAGUGCGCACUGGAGGAGUACGUGCGCAGUCAGUACCCGAAUCAACCCAUGCGCUUCGGCAAGCUGCUGCUGAGACUCCCCGCUCUUCGUAUGGUCUCAUCCGCCGUCAUCGAACAGCUUUUCUUCGUUCGUCUGGUGGGUAAAACCCCAAUUGAAACGCUUAUAAGGGACAUGCUGCUAUCUGGGAGUAAUUUCAACUGGCCAUAUAUGUCCAUUCAAUGACUCCACAAAGAAAAAGAAAAUGGACGUUUGGUGAGCAUUUGCAGACCUUACACAACUCAACAGCAUCGAUGAACGAUGCAGACAGAAACUGAUCUGAAAUCUCACUUUGUGAAUUUAUAUAGAAACGAUAUACUUGUUAUGUGAAAAUGUGAAGCUUAAGACUCUCUCUCUUUAUCUCUCUCUGUCUUUUAACAGUCAAUCAUGUGCCAUAAAUUCUCUAAAAAUAACUAAUGCAUUUCUUUAGCAGUGUAAUUGUCCAUUUUACAUAUUUCAAGCCAAAUGCCAUCAAAUGUCUUAGUUUAGUUUUAUGAACAAUUAAGGAGGAACUUUGAUCCAAAAUAACUUGCUAUUGUUUUUUUUCUGUAUAAUACGUUACAGCAACAUCUAUUUUGCGUUUUUCGCAACUGAGAAAGCGGUGACAAUGGAUUGAUCAAUUAUUUAUUUUACUGUAUUUAUUUUUCUGCCCACAAACUUCCUGUACACGUGAUCUAAACAAUCAACACAGCACUUAACGCAUUGACUUUCUGAGGAUCAAAUCGGUGCUUUUCUCUAGGUUUAAAAUAUUACCCUUGACUAAAAUCUUUUAACUUGCUGAUGAUUAUUUGGGCUGUUGGAUUUGAUGUACGGCACAACACUGAUUAAACUAUUUCCAUUAAUCA